CGUGGAUUCCGUGGAGCCCCCGGGCGCGCAUCAUGGCGGGAGCCGAGGCUGGGAGCACAGUGGGAAGCGAGGCUCUGCAGCCCCAAAAGCGUUAUUACCGGCAACGCGCUCACUCCAACCCCAUGGCGGACCAUACGUUGCGCUACCCCGUGAAGCCAGAGGAGAUGGACUGGUCUGAGCUAUACCCAGAGUUCUUCGCUCCACUCACUCAAAAUCAAAGCCAUGAUGACCCAAAGGAUACCGAGGAAAAACGAGUUCAGGCCCAAGUGGAAUUUGCAGACAUAGGCUGUGGCUAUGGUGGCCUGUUAGUGGAACUGUCACCGCUAUUCCCAGACACACUGAUUCUGGGCUUGGAGAUCCGGGUGAAGGUCUCAGACUAUGUUCAAGACCGGAUUCGGGCCCUACGUGCAGCUCCUGGAGGUGGCUUCCAGAACAUUGCCUGUCUCCGUAGUAAUGCCAUGAAGCACCUUCCUAACUUCUUCCGCAAGGGCCAGCUGACAAAGAUGUUCUUCCUCUUUCCUGACCCCCAUUUCAAACGGACAAAGCACAAAUGGCGAAUCAUCAGUCCUACACUGCUAGCAGAAUACGCCUACGUGCUGAGAGUUGGGGGGCUGGUGUACACGAUAACUGAUGUGCUGGAGCUUCACCACUGGAUGUGCACCCAUUUUGAGGGUCACCCUCUAUUUGAGCGCGUGCCCUUGGAAGAGCUGAGCGAAGACCCUAUUGUGGGACAUCUGGGCACUUCAACCGAGGAGGGGAAGAAAGUUCUACGUAAUGGAGGGAAGAAUUUCCCAGCCGUGUUCCGAAGAAUCCAGGAUCCCGCCCUCCAGGCAGUGGCCCCACAGCCCACCCUGCCUGGUCACUGACUGUACCCCCUCUUAGCUGGAUCCCAUGUUCCAGAACUGAAAGGAAGUCAGACGUCCUUGACCCUCCCAGCUAAGACUGUGGAGUUGGGAGGCAUCAGUCUCCUCAGGAAGUUAGGGGUACCAGUAUUCACGCUUGUUCCCCGCCGUGCUCAGCUUUUUGUCUCUAUUGCCAGCAGAAAGAGAAGAAGCUGACUUUGAAGGACUUUGAACGGGAGGGGAUUUCUGGAAGGGCGUGGGGUCUUGCUGUCCCUUAGCACUCCCUCCUCAGCUGGAGUAAGGAAUGCAGUGCUGCACUGUCUAAACUGUCUGCUUGGCUAAAAUUACC